AUGUCUACCGAAAGCGAUGACGUCUACACCCAUUCAGUCCUGUUUUUAUGGCUCAACUCACCCAAGAAGGUGGCUCAACUUACCCCACAGAUGGGGCAAGUUGAGCCAUUUGACAUCUCUUUUUUCAAAGGUGACAAUGACUUUCAGUGUGGGGAAGCAGCAGAGAUAGUGCGUAGCAUAGGUCAAGCCGUCCUUCAUCUUCACUUAAUGAAUAUCGCUCAUCGUGAUCUUAAGCCUGAAAACUUGUUGUAUCGUGACAAGACACCACACUCACUUCUCAAGCUCACAGAUUUUGGUUUUGCCAAAGAAACAACAACAACAAAUCUUCAGACACCCUGCUAUACACCUUACUAUGUUGCUCCAGAAGUUCUUGGACCAGAGAAGUAUGACAAGUCAUGUGACAUGUGGUCAUUAGGGGUCAUCAUGUACAUCCUGUUAUGUGGGUUUCCACCAUUCUACAGCAACCAUGGCAUGGCUAUAUCACCUGGUAUGAAACGUAGAAUCCGUAAUGGUCAGUAUGAGUUCCCUGAUCCUGAAUGGAGUAAUGUUUCUGAAGAUGCUAAGAAUCUAAUCAAGAAACUCCUACGUACAGAUCCAGCUGAGAGACUUACCAUACAGGAGUUCAUGAACCAUACAUGGGUUAGGCAAUGUAGUGCUGUUCCUGCUACUCCACUCCAUACCAGUAGUGUUAUGAAGGAAGAAGGUGUAGAGCAAUGGGCAGACAUCCAGGAUGAGAUGACUAAUGCCCUAGCAACAAUGAGAGUUGACUAUGAUCAGGUCCGUAUUAAAGAUGUCAACAUGUCAUCCAACCCACUGCUAGCAAAGAGACGUAAGAAAGAACUAGAAAUGCAGGCUGAAUAGAUUCUACUGCAAGAAGGGGUUUUAUGGACAAUAAACAAGAUGAGCAUGGGAAAAGGCCGGUCUUAAUAUCAGCAGAUUUGCUCAACAUAACAGAUAUUUUCACACUUUUACCCAAAUAAACUGUCCAAGAGAGACAACAGUAUUGAUAGUAGUCUUUCUGUACAAAUAGUCAGUGUACCUCUUUCAUGCAUUAUAGUCAAGAAUGUAUGGAGGUAUUUUUCAAUAUAUCAUUUGUUUUAAAUAUCAACUGAAUCAUUCAUACCCAUACCUGCUGAUUAAUCAUUUAAAAAAAGAGUGUCUUUUAUUUUUCAGUAGAUGUUUCUUGAAAAUAUUACUUAUUGAAUAAAGAUUUUCAAUGAUCAAUUCACUGUUUUAAUAUUGAUUUUUUAUCAGUAAUUUGAUUUGAUAAAUGUAUUUAACACACCUAGUUCAAGAAGUUUUUCAAUUGUUAAUGAUAUAUGAGAAUUGGAUUUGAAUAAUUCAGUUGAGAAUUGCACACAUAAUACCCAUAAUAAUGCUAGUCAUAAUUACUUGAAUCAAUCAUGCUAUUGUGAAGUAGGAAACUUCUUUUGAAAAUUGUUGAUUUGGACAUCAAAUACAUUAAUUCCAUUUGUAAAAUUUAUAUAUAUAUCAUCUGUUAUGAAAGUGUGCCGUGAUAUUUGAUGUCCAGUUACAGUGCAUUGCCAAAUACCAACAAAUAAUGAAUGUAACCAGUGAUAGGAAAAUGAGACUUGUAUAUUCCAGAGAAAAAAUUGAACCUAUUUUGGUUGUAAUUCAGAGUCUUAGGAUGGUUGUCCAUAUAUUUGUCAUCUCUUUUAUUAUAGUAUUACAGUUACUGGUGGUCUAUCUGAGAUUGGUUUUUAAAAGCAAAUUAAGUGAUAUUAUUGCUGUAUAAAUCCCUUAUUUCAUAUCUCUUACUCAAGUAUGGUCCCUUUUAAUUAUUUACUAAAGACAUCUGGUCUAUUUUAGUUUUAUUACAAAAAUUUUAAGGGUAAUUUUUUUAAUCAGGGAUAUAUACAUCCAUCCUUAUUUUAAAUAUUUUUUUUAUUUAGAUCUGCUUCAUUAUAAUACAAUAAUGAGCAGCUGUAUAUUUUUCUAAAUGCUCAAAUAAUGUGCUAGGCAAAUUCAAAUAAGUUUAUCUCAGUAUUCUUUUUAAAAGACAUGCUGAAAUGGAUCAAGUUAGCUUUGAAAUCAUGGAGUAUAAAUUCAAUUGUAUGUAAAGGAUCCAAGAGAAAUUUAUUGAAAAGGGUAGAAAUACUCCUAUAUUUAAUGAUUUAUAAAUAUCUUCCCAUUUCAGACACAAUUAUGAAUUGGUUUCAUCUUACCUGUACAUGGUAAUAUCACAAAAUUCAAGAAGAAAAAAGUAUACAUCUUUUCCAAGUAGACUGAUCACGUACUGAUUUUCAGGUGAAAGAGUGAAACCUGUCAAUUUUCUUUUUGGGGGGUUAAAGUGGCCAAAAUAACAGAAGUCAUGGGUGACAUGCAUUGCUCUGAUUAGAUUUGGUACACAAGAAUAAUCUGUGCCAAAUGACAUGAUUUAUUGCUCUAGGUUUCAAAUUUUGCAUCGUGAUAAGUCCAACUUAUUGAAAAGUAAUAACUAGUAUACUCCCAGACGAAGCCUAAAGCAAUGUUAGAGAAAACUUUACAAUAAAGCUAAAAAACAUUAAAGAGGCCAUUUUAUUAAGCAUUAAUCAUCUGUUUACUAUUGAAAAGUUAAAAUUCAAAUUGUUUCAGAAAUGUGUGAAAUUGUUUUAACUUAAGUUUUAUGUUUUGUAAGGAUGAUGUUGAAUGUUAAGGGUCAAAGACAAAAGUUUGUAUAUUUUAGAUACUUCCUUAAUUGUGAUGCUGCUACUUCAUGUUUGGUAAGGAAAAAAUACAAACAUUUUGUUGUAACCUCAUUUUAUAUGUUUAUGCUCUACUAGUAGAAUGUUUUUAUGCAGAAUUCGAUAAAGACUUUAUAAAUCUGAAGACAAUUGUAACCCAGUAUAUUUGUUUCUUGAUAAUUAGCUGUAUACUAAAUCUAUUUCUUUUAUAUUAAAUUAUAAUUAGAAUUUCUUAAUGUAAUAUAUUUAAGGAAUAUAAUUUUGAAGAAACAAAAAAUGCUUUAUUUACUUACUAGUUGAUUUAAAAUCACACUCAAUUACUUGUAGCCUUUUUUAUAUUCUUGUUCACUUAAUUUCUGAUUAGCGUGUCAUUUGUGCCUUCAAGUUCAGUAUCAGAAUAAUUCUUAUGAUGACAGUAAAAUGGCUCUCGUCAUCAUUCACAAAAUUCCCCUUUUCCUGUGUUCUUUCCAAUCUCUGCCAUCGUAAUAUUAAUACAAUUGUCUUCUUUGUUACAUUAGAUAUUUCUGGGUUACUCAUAAAACCCUUAAAUCUCCCAACAUUGAUUUUAGAAUAUUUGCCAUCUCAGGUGCUGCUAGUUAAUUGUAAUAUUUGAUCAUAGCAAUAGGUUCUGUUAUGUGAGUUUUUGUACAUAGAACUUGUCUCAUUUUUGAAAGUUUUUACAUGUAUCUUCAUUUUGGAGAAAUUACAAGCUUUGUGUGAAAUACAUAUGGGGUUGAUUCCAUUCAGCCUUUUAUGUUCAUUUUGAUGAGAGGCUUGUUCAAAAGUUUUAUGCCAUAACCUUAUCAAUGGGAUUCCAUCUUCAAAUAUAUCCUUGUAUUUCUUGAAUUAUUGAAAUUGUGAUAACUUAAUACAGGUACUAUCUAUUUUCACAUCCAUGUACAAGCUGAUGAUUUUUUUUUAAACUUCCUCAAAAUGUGUUAAAGGAUGUAAUUUUAUUGUGAAAACUUAAAUUGUGACCUUAAUCACAAGUCUACAAUACUGAAAUGGUUUGAACCUCUUGAUGAGAGUGAUCAUAAAAGGGAUCUUAUUUCCUAAAAAUGUAUUUGAAAUGAGCAAGAUAUGAUAAUCAUGAAAGAUGAAAAGCCAUUUUUAAGAUCACUAUUUCAUAUGCUAAAGAUUGUCACAAAAUGCAGACCAUAUUGGUUUGAUGUCAAAUAUUAUACAUGUACAUUAGGUAAUUAAAAAAAAGUAUAAAAACUA